AUGUCCGACUCGCAAUCCUCCUCCUCCCGCUUCCUGGCACCCGCUCCUGGUCAGCCCCCGACUGCCAAGGUGGCGGACAAUGUAGUUCAGGGUCGUAAGCACAAGACCACCGCCUGCAAGGCGUGCAAACAGAAGAAGCUCAAGUGCAGAGGUGAUCCACCAUGUCAGCAUUGCGUGGCAAACGGCAUUCCAUGCCUGGUCGACGAGAUGGCCGACAUGCGCCGCAAAUACGCCAUGAAGCGGAAACUAGACCGGCUCGAACAGGCGGAGGAGACGCUGCUGCGACUGAUUGACGCGCUCCGGGAGAGUGAGAGCAAACGUCUCGCCCAGCUCUUGAAUCUCAUCCGAAGUAAUGCCUCCUUCGAGGAACUUCAAAUCUUCCUGGAGCAACAAUUCACCGGGCGCGAAAUUGAACUGUCCCCGGAACUGCGUGAGAUCCAGAGCCAGAUCUCCCGUCCCUCUGACGAUGAUGAGGAGUCGCAACCGUCCUCUCAACCCCGAUCCUCCCGCCGUGUCCUGGACGUCCGCCGUCUCGCCGAUAACCCCGUUCACCAAGUUCCUGCAAAGCCAUGGACAACUGUCACCGAUGACGAUGACCUGGUGUCCCACCUCGUGUCGCUGUGGCUGACCUGGACCUACCCCUUCUUCCACUGGCUGGAUAAAGAUGCUUUUCUGCGGGACAUGCGGGCCGGCAAUCUCGAGUGCCGGUUCUGUUCGCGCUUCUUGGUGAAUGCUAUUCUUUCCGAGGCUUGUUACUACUCUGACUACGCCGAAGUAUUCACCGUUCCCCACGACCCGCUCACCCGGGGCGAUCAUUUCUACGAAGAAGCCCGUCGGCUCCUGGAAGAGGAGGAGGGAGGAGCGACAAUACCAACGAUCCAAGGCUUAUUGGUUCUAUUUAUCCGGAUGGUUCUGAUGGGAAAAGACCGCUUGGGGUGGAUGUACCUGGAUCUGGCUAUCCGGGGGGCGGAGGAGUAUGCGGAAAGCCACCCUCCUGGGAUAGCUGGUUGGGAGGCAGACGGCGCAGCCGAGGGGGUGGUGAAUAGGACACUCUGGGGCGCUUUCAAUAUUGCUUCGACGGCAACAGUGUCGCUGAUGAAGCAUAUCAACGUCAACCCCCCGCAGCGUCCACGCAUCCCCGUCACCCACAGCGAUCCGGACGAUCUAUGGUACCCGUACCCGCGAGAGGUGGACGCAGUCCGCGGGCAUCACAACUGUGUUUUCGAUCGAUGGUGCGACUUUUGCUGCAUUAUGAUGCAGAUCAGCCAGGGACUUCAUGAUCCCGAGCACCUUGUGACGCCAUCGCAGAUGGUCGGAUUUAUCGACGGCAUCUACAAACAGCUCCAGGAGUGGUACGCGCAUUUGCCACCGUGCAUGAACGCGGAUGUGGCGACCGUCCCCCACGUUUUGAGUAUCCAUAUGUUUUACCACACCACCGUCAUGCAGAUUUUUGGGUUUCUCCGAUCCAACCGCGAAGUGGCCCUGGAUGUAUCUACGGCCGCACAUGCACAGCAACUCUGCCUCUCGUCGGCUCGCCGGGUGGCAGAGCUGCUGCGAGUUCAUCGCGACAAGUGGGGUAUCGACCGGAUGGCGCCGUCGACCAUCCAGUGGUGCAGCAUUGGCAUGUUCACCCUCAUGGAGGCGCUGGACUCUACGGACAACCGCAACGCCUUCGUUGAGCUGUGCAUUAUCGCCCGGGCGUUCUCGCGACGUUUCCCUUUGGCCAAGGGUAUCCUACGAAUGAUUCAGCUGUCCGCGACGCAAACAGAGGUGGCCCUCCCCGAGGAGACCGACGCGCUGUUUACCGACUUCGAGACGCUGGGCUGGAAGCAGCGCGACGCCAAGGAGUUCAGCAGCUUCUAUCCGCAUUUCAGCUCCGUUGUGCAGCAGGGACCGGCGCGCCAGGGAGACGUGGAUAUGGACCAAUUUCUGGCGAAAUGGGAUGGGCUGAGUCUCUCGCAGACAAACCAGGAUUCGGCCGCGUCGGAGUCCGAUCUGAAGCGAGGCAGUUCGGCUGACUGA